AUGGCGCCCAAAAUCCCCCUCCACAAAGUCGUCGCCUCCCUCAACACCCUCCCCAGGGAACUGGCCCACCAAAUCCUCAAUGACAUCCGGAUGUGGGACAUCCUGCGUCUUAUCUGCCACAACAACGCCCACAUCAACACCGACAUCCUCACGCACCCAACGCUGGGCCGCCUCUUCCACCACGAGACCAAGAUCCUCGACGAAGUCCGCACAUCCGCAGACCUGUACCGCACGAUCUGCACAGCCUACAGCCUCACCGCCGCACCGCUGACGUCGCCGCUGGCCCUAAAUGCCCAGGCCUUCCCGUCAGACUACAAGGAAAUCACCAAUUACAUGCACCACCGGAUCAUCGACGAACUAUAUCUCGAGCCCUGGAAGGCGGAGGUCCUGAGUCGCUAUGCUCCGCUCCCCGCCGUAUGGGAGAAAGGUAGCAUCGCCGGGGUAACAGCCGUGUGGAAUACCAUUCAAUCCGCACAGCAGAAGGUCAAUAUGCGGAAAGCUCGCCAGCUGCGCACGGCAGCGGACUUGCUCGAGGCCAAUCCCGAUGUCUUAAAGAAAAUGAUCGACCCCAGCCAGACGCCGCGGAAGAAUAUCCCGCAUAUUGUGCAGCGGCUCAGGGGCGCCGAAAGGCGGGUUGCGAGGCAGUCCUUGCUGCGGCGGGAUAUGUUGGCCGGCAUGUCGUGGUUUAUGUACGGUCAUUUCCCGUUGGUGCCGUUUGAUCGGGCGUAG